AUGAAAAAUGGUAAAUGCUCUAAAUACUUUCCAAAGAAGUUUAACGAGGAAACUAUUGUUGAUGCAGAAGGUUAUCCCCUCUAUAGGAGAAGAUCAAAAACCCACGUUAUUGAAAAAAAUGGUAUCACAUUGGACAACCGUCAUGUGGUACCUUAUAACAAAAGAUUUCUCCUCAAAUAUAACGCACAUAUAAACAUGGAAUGGUGUAACCAGAGCACUUCAAUCAAAUAUCUUUUCAAAUACAUUAGCAAAGGCUAUGACAGAAUAACAGCUUCGAUGUCAACCAACAACAAUGAACCGGUUGAUGAAAUAAAACAAUACUUAGAUUGCAGAUAUAUCUCACCAUGUGAAGCAUGCUGGAGAAUUUACUCCUUUCACAUUCAUGGUAGAAGACCGGCAGUUGAACGUAUGUUUUAUCACUUGGUAGGCGAAAAGGCUAUUUACUACACUGAUCACGAUCGAAUGGAAAAUGUUUUGGAGAAUGCAAGUGUUACUGAUUCCAUGUUUACUGGUUGGCUAUCUGCAAACUCAAAGUAUACUGAGGCACAGUCACUCACUUAUGGUCAAUUUGUAUCUAAGUUUGUUUACCACAAAAAAGAAAGGGAGUGGAGGCCCCGCAAAAAGGGAUUCACCAUUGGGAGAUUGAUAUGGGUUCCACCAACAACAGGUGAACUUUUUUACCUGCGAAUGAUGUUGACGGUAGUCAAGGGACCAAAAAGUUAUGAAGAAAUUCGCAAUAACAUAAAUACAAUAUCAAAACAUACCAAAACAAAUAAAAUAUGA